AUGCCAAACGCCGAAGAGAUAACCGAGAGCCAACAAGUCGAAAAGACAGAUGGCAAUGAGGAUCUCUACGAAAAGGCGCACGCUCCAGUGUACGAUCCAGGCAGUAACGACGACCUGGUGCUAAAGUACGACAAGGAAGGAAACAUUAUAACGGAAGAUGAAAAAGGAUCUCCAAAACUGCUAAAUCCUUCAACACUUGUAGAAAUUACUCCAGAGGAAGGAGAAGGAGAGGGGGAAAAGAGUAGCGAACAGCGACAGCCGGAAGAAGAAGCAAGAAUAAGAAGGAGGGAAGAGAUACACUCCUGGUUAAUUUUAGGUGUAACGCUAGUCGUAACUAUCGGAUUGGUUGCAGUGUUCUACAAACACUUUAAAAAAAGGUACGAGAUAUACGCCAACAUAGCCGAUGGAAGCAACAACUAG